GCACCAAAUGGUGCAGACCCGGCAACCAUCUCACCAAUAACAGUUUCAUUACGUCAUUCUUGUUUCAUUUGCAGUUAUUAUUCUUGGACAACCCCAAAACUACAUGAAAAUUUACUUUAUCAGAACCAAAAACCAGGUGGAGGCCUGAUAUACCCUGGCACAAAAUGGUGCGGACCUGGCAACCUGGCAACGUCCUACGACGACCUCGGUCAACACCGAUUGGAAGAUGCCUGCUGCAGGGAACACGAUCAUUGUCCCAUCACGAUAGAGCCUAAGGAGUGUAUGCCCGGCAUAUGCAACCGGUCACCCUUCACUCGAUCUCAUUGCGACUGCGACGCGAAGUUCCGUAGAUGCCUGCAGAAUCUUAAUACGGAAGUCGCCAACACCCUCGGUGCCCUCUUCUUCAACGUUAUCCAAGUGGCUUGCUUCAAGGAGCGACGCCCGUGCUCUCAAUGGCAGAGAGUCGGCUACGAGGAAUCCGUGUCCAACCAGUUGUGCUCGCAGUUUCACUUCCGCCCCAGCGAGAAAUACGUGCCACUGAUGCCACUGAACAUCAACUAGCUAUUACGAAAACGCAAGAAGAGCGGACCUGACACCCUCUGAAGCGGUGUCAGUUAACAGAGUCUCAAUGAGCGAGAUAAUUGCACGCGCGAUAAUUACCUGUGUCUUUCUUUCGGUGGGAGUCCGUCUGAGAACCGAACUCGCGGUUAUUCAUCGUUAAUACUACACAUGGUAUUGAGAAACAAAGAGCUUUCCUAUUGAAGCGUUUAAUUGAAAAUUAGAACGUCAAACUCGUGGUCUCGAAAUCAGUCAAUGCAAAUUUAGUUAACUGUUUGAGGUGAUUACAACGACUGUACAUCGUAUGCUUUUAUAGCGUAUGCUAAUACGAAAAACACAAGUGAAACGUACGUAGAUAAAUAUUUCAUAAAUUGACAUUAAUGGUUUCCUUAUCCGCAUACGCCGGACAUGUUUAGUACCGAGACAGAGGGGUGGGGAGAGUCAAACGGUGUGGUGGGGAUGGCUGCCCUGUAGCCUUGAGCAGCCAACUAAAUUUGCAUCCACUUAGAACCACCAAAUACUCGGAUUUACCGAAACGAAAGACACCACUGGCUUCUGGAACUAAUUUCCUUACUCGUAUUGGUGGUAUACUUUGCUCUUUCAAAAUUUGGAAUUAUAAAAUUGAAAGUUCAUAUUUACUGCCGUUUCUUGAGAGUCCUACGGUAAGGUGAUUGGUGGAACAAGCAAAACACGAGACACCGUUGCACUCGUGCGCUUUAAUUUCAGCCUCUGUAUGCUGGUAAACAAAUUCCAAGGCAACGAAAGAAACUAACGGUCAAAAUGGUCAGUUCGAAACCGAGAAACGGCUAUGUAAAUGUAACAACGCAGCGUUCGUUGCGCGUCGCCUGUCGACCUUGCAGUGUACAGUGCAACAAAUGCACUCGUCGAGGCCAACAUGUGUUGUCACAUAAAUUUGUCCUUUUUUUCGCGUAGCCCUUGAAAGUAAUACUCGGGUUGGGCAACGAACGAAAUAUUUUUAAAAUAAAACUUUCGGCAGUUGCCCCGCAAUUUCGAGCGCAGCCUUUUCUCGCGGGAAAUUGUGAGAUCGUUUACUCUUCGAGUACUGAAGACAUAUGUAUAACAAACAUGAUUAGGAGAUCUCAGUAUACGGGACGUGCUGAGCCUUCAAAUCUUGGCCUCCAAGAGGUCAAUGCAUCUCAAAUUUCUAUAAAUUCAACCGAAUGCGUGCGAAUCGGUGAUACGAUUUUACAAUUAAAUUCUGCUCAAUAUUACUCUUUAACGUGUAUGCGACUUUCCAAGUACUAUCAUAGAUGAUUAACCUUUCGACAUUACGCUAAUAAGAUUAUAUCAAUCGUAAGAUUAUUUAUAACGAGAACAAAGGUUCUUGGUAAAAAAGAAUGGUCUACGACGAUUAUCGAACAAUUAUUACUCGAGCGUAAUGAACGAAGGAUUAACAAGGUUCGCAUUUCUUGCAUAUCAUCCGUCGCCUUUUUUGUCACGCAAUUGCAUAAUGGCGUACAACAUGGGGACGAUCUUCUUUAGAUUAAGAUACUUUGCUAAAUUGAUGCAGAAGUAACGAAAAAUAGAUCUAACCAGAUAAGAAUGUAAAGGGAUUACUUUUGUAUCAUUUUGGUAAAGGAAGUACCAAUGAAUUCCUCAAGGUUAACGAUUUUCUAUUCUCUUUGAUAGCUUUGGCUUUUGAAUAAGUACAUUCAAAGAAGUCUACGAAUUUUAUGCAAAUUAGAUUUGCCCAGGUUAAUGUAGUGAUUCAAAUACUGUUCAAAAUAAUACUAGAGUACGAAGAAUCAAUGGCUUCGAUCCUGCGCAAUCUCUACUGUGAUUUAAACUGCUUAGAUGUAAGCUUGUUGUAGGCUUACUCGCAGAAAUAAGUACGAGCAACCGUCCGUUCAUUAUUUGUGACCCACGCGUUCAAAUAAUCGAUGAGACCAGAAAAGAUCGACCGAGGACGAUGUCCAGAAUUGUUAAUGACCACGAAAAGGUUAGCCGGGAAACGUGCAAUCGAUUAAGUGCGUCACGCUGAUUUCAGAAAUACCUCGGUGACAUUUUAUUUCCUAACGACCUUUGAACAACUUCGAUGAUACGGUGGAACCUCGUUGAUUCGUUAUAAAUUAAACCGAUAAUUAAAUUUUUAAUGGAAAUCUGAGUUCUUUCAAAAAAAUUGUAUUUAAGCAUUUAUCAUACAAUAAAGUGGAUCAUCGAUGUUACACUGUA